UUGCGCGUGCGCAAUAGCGCUAAAUGUAAAAUCACAACACAAGUACCAGUGAGCAUGGCCGCCGCUGUACCUCCGAGCUUUAACAACCACAUUCGUGUACGUUUGCACUUUGACUAUCCUCCGCCAGCAGUGGCAGACUGCCGCAUGUGUUGGCUACUGCUGGACUUGAACAUUUGCCGCAUGGUGUCCGACCUGGAGAGUAUCGUCCGAGAUAAGUUUGAAUUGAGUCGCCGCAGCAUUAUCAGCCUCUUUAUCGACAGUUGCUAUCUACCACACACGGAAAGCAUUUAUGUUGUUCGCGAUAAUGACAUCAUCAGAGUGAAGGUGGACUCCUGGUCCAAAGUGAAUGGUCAUACGAGUGAACCGAGUGUCAACUCCAAAAAGAGACAGCGACCCAAUGAGCCAAGUGAUGAAAAUGACACCAGCGUGCAAACAAAGAGGAAAAAGCAGUUGGAGGAGAGUGCGGACUCCAAGCAGACAUCAAGCGCCGAAAGACCCAAAAAGCCCAAAAAGAAAAAGAAACAACAAAAGGCAGAAGGAAAUGGCCUGACAGUCGAACCAGCAUCUUUUACCCCCGUAAAAAGCCACAGAGACUCUAAGAUGAAGGGCGCAGCACCACAAGCAAAAUGCCAGAAUCCCCCUGCUUCAGAUUCUAGUUGUGAUGGCAGUCUUGAAAAUCAGAGAACCAAAACUAAACCCCCCAAAAAAACCAAAACAAGUACUGCAGUCCCUAGAGUAACCUCAUGUAAUCCGCCUAACAAGAAAUAUUUUCCCUCCCCGUCCUCAUCAGACACACAUGUCUCCAAUGAAGACGUCACUGUCAAUCUCCAGCCUAGAAAUAAUGACUUAACCACUCCUCAGUUAACACUCAGUCAUCAAUCAAAAACCAAACUGUCAAACUGUGCUAAGAACCAACACUGGACCUUCUCCCAGACUGACAGCGUCACACAGCAGCAGGAUUCUGGUGACGUGGAAGAGGUGGGGGCGCUUCUUCAGCAGCCCACGCCGCAACAAAGCUUGUGUAACGGAGCUGAAAGUACGCCACCAGAUUACAGCACCAUGCCCCUUCUCGCUGCCCCCCCACAAGUGGGACAGAAGAUUGCCUUUAAACUGCUGGAGCUGACUGAAAAUUACACGCCAGAGGUGUCGGAUUAUAAGGAGGGUAAGAUCGUCAGCUACGACCCCACGAGCAAACAGAUUGAACUGGAACUUCUCUCUGUCGCACAAGCCCCUUCAGAGCCUGGCAAAUUUGACUUGGUCUACCAGAAUCCAGAUGGUUCAGAAAUUGUGGAGUAUGCUGUGUCCAGAGAUUCCUGGGUCAAAGAGCGAUGGGACUCCCUGCUGGAACCAAGGCUUAUUAUUUAACAUUUGAGUGUUUUCAUCAGGUUUUACUGAAAUGACUACACAAGGGGUCCUCUUCUCACCUUCUUGUAACAGCACACCAAAUCCAUGACCCCUCUAGCAUCCGUUAGCGUUCCAUCAUUUUUCUCCUGCCGUUCCAUAGUGAUGGCUUUCCUUUUCUUUGGCGCACUGCCGCUUGGAAGAUAUCACAAAGUGUAAAAAGCCAACAAACAGGCCAUGUUAUUCUUCCCUGGCGUUGCUGAGCGGGCGCACGCGGCAUUCAUUAAAUUUAUUGGAGCAUGUUCAUUACCAUGAAAGUUAACACUGUAAACCAAGGACCACCUGUACUACAUAUUUAAAUAGGAACACGCCCAGUCCAGGUUGUCCCCCCGCCUCUCACCCAAAGACAGCUGGGAUAGGCUCCAGCUUACCUAUGGCGCCAUAGAAAAUGAUUGAAUAGAUUGAUAAAUGCUAUGCUGGCUCCGACUAUUCGCUUUUUUUUAAUAUAAUGACCACCUUUUCUUUUAAAUGUGUGUCAUGUUUUACUUCCCAAUGUGUUCCAGAAGUGGCACAUCAUGUUUUUAUGUUUUGUACACACAAUGCAGAAUAUUUUUCUAAUAAAACCUUGCAGUCUGUU